UAAAGGCUGGCAUGUGUUCUACCAUUUUGUGGGUGCUGUACCUGGCUCUACAGAACUAGAGAAACUUCUCAAGAGAUUACUUAAAGAGAUGGGAGUAGAGACUGAUAUGGUUAAAGAUCUGGACAGCGCAGCUCAAUUUACAUGUGGAGCAUUAAACAAUGAAAAGACUCGCCCUACUGUUAUCAUUGUGGAUGCCCUUAACCAAUUAGACAAUGAUACAGCUGCAGAGGUUGUUAGUUGGGUUCCAAAGAAGUUAGCUCCUCAGAUCAGAUGUGUGUUCUCUAUGAUACCUGACACCCCUCAGCAUAAAGUGUUUCAGUCCAGGGAACCUCAGCCAUACAUGAUGAACCUCACACCCCUUGAUAUGGAAUCCAGAACGGAUAUCAUCAAGGAUAUGUUAGGGAAAUAUAACAAAUCUUUAGAUAAGCAACAGAUGCAAACAUUGCUGUCAAAGGAAUCUUCCCAGAAUCCUCUCUGGUUAUCAUUAGCUUGUGAGGAACUGCGAGUAUUUGGAAACUUCCGCAUGAUCUCACAAAAAAUUGAAGAGAUGAAGGAUGGACUUUGGAGCUAG